GAUGCGUAGUCAAGUGGGGGAAUUUCAGUCACUAAUAAAUACUCGCCGAGAGUGGUUUGGCGUUCAGUUAAAUUUUUUUUCUCAAUUGUUUACAUAAAUAAACUGAUUUUAACAUUUUUAUACUAAAAUGCAAUUCGUUGCAACUGAACAUCCACAUCGCCGUUUAAACCCUUUGACUGGUCACUGGGUGUUGGUGAGUCCACAUCGUAUGCUAAGGCCAUGGACGGGACAACAGGAGGCUCCACAAAAAAGCAAUAUACCUGAUUUCGAUCCGACAAACCCUUUAAGUCCAGGCGUGGCACGACCAAAUGGCACGGUAAAUCCAGCAUAUACCGGUACCUUUGUAUUCACGAAUGACUUCCCGGCUUUGAUGGAGAACAAUCCGGUGCCACCAGCUUCCGAUGAUCCACUCUUCCAGGUGUCAGAGGCGAGGGGUACUUGUCGAGUAAUGUGCUUUCAUCCGAAAUCGAAUGUGACACUGCCACAAAUGACUGUAGCCGAAAUAACUGCUGUUAUAGAGGAAUGGAUCAAACAGUUCAAUGAACUGAGUAAAAAAUUUCUUUGGGUGCAGGUAUUUGAAAAUAAGGGUGCUGCUAUGGGCUGCUCCAAUCCCCAUCCACACUGUCAAAUUUGGUGUUGUUCAUUUUUGCCCACCGAACCACUCAUUAAGGACGAACGUUUGCGCAGCUAUUACAACCAGUAUGGUAGACCAUUGUUGGCCGAUUAUGUGAAGCGAGAAGUGGAGCGCAAAGAACGUAUUGUUGUUGAGAAUCCCGACUGGUUAGUGGUGGUACCAUUUUGGGCCGCGUGGCCAUUUGAGACAUUGCUGUUAUCACGUAAUGAUAAUAAACGCAUCAACGAUGUAACACCAGCACAGCGUGAGAAUUUAGCUAAAGUUAUCAAAGAGUUAACAAUCAAGUACGAUAAUCUAUUUCAAUGCUCGUUUCCAUAUUCGAUGGGCUUUCAUGGUGCACCGACUGGAGAAGCGGCUGCCGCUGAUGUAUCACAUUGGACGCUGCAUGCGCUUUACUACCCGCCACUGUUGCGUUCUGCUUCAGUACGUAAAUUUAUGGUUGGAUUUGAGUUGUUAAAUGAGGCGCAGCGUGAUUUGACACCAGAGCAAGCGGCACAACGCUUACGGGAAAUUGAUGGUGUACGACAUUAUACGGAAAAUUAGUUAAAAUGAAAUUGUAAAUGCAGCGAGACGUUACCACUGGUAGAGAUGAACACAGCUUAGAUAUGGAUACUGCCACCUUAGCAAAGGGUCUAUUAGAAGUACAGGAAUUGCGUUUGCUCACUCAAAUUGUGUACACAUAUUUAUAAUGUGAUUACGAGCCAUUUAUCAAAAUGAUGUUGAUAAAAAUAAUUACAGUUUUAAUCAAAGAGUUUAAAAAAUGUAUCAACAUUUAAAUGUACAAACCAAAGAAAAGUACAACAAUAAAAACAAUAUAAUUGAUUAUAAUGAAUAUUCAAUUACAAUAUUUAUUGUUACAUAUUCGUACAUAGAAAGCGUAUAUAUGCGUGUAUAAUGUAAAUUUAAUUUAACCUACUAUCUAAAAGUCUAUCUUAGAUUUGAGUAUAUGUAUGUACGUACUAUUGAAAACAUUA